AUGUCUCUUCCCGUUGUCAAGGUUGAUGCAGACUAUGAAGCUGACAAGGAGAGAAUCCACAGCUUCCUUUCAACGUUCGUUGUUGGGCAAGAGAAAGAUCUGACUCGUGGAAUAGCUGACAUAAAUAUAAAUCUCGACAAUGACACGCCUGAACGACGGAGGGGUUUGAAGUACAUGCAGCACCUCCAACAAGUAGCGAACCGUGAACAAGAAAUGCUCCUGAUUGACCUUGAAGAUAUCGCUGAGCAUGAAAAAACGACUGCCGAACUUGUAUCCCGCAUUUGUCGCAAUACUCGUCGAUACAUCACGCUCUUUAGCGAAGUGGUCGACAAACUUAUGCCGUUGCCGACGAAGGAUAUAAGUGAACAUGAUGAAGUGAUUGAUGUCAUUUUACACCAGCGCAGGGAGAGAAACGAAAGGUUGGAAGGUACACAGGAAGGAUUUCCGGAUCACCUUCUUCGGCGAUACAACCUUUACUUCCAGCCCCUCCGCUCUGACAUCGCCAUGGCGGUGCGAGAUGUAAAAGGCGUCCACUUGGGCAAACUGAUCACUGUUCGUGGGAUCGUCACACGCGUGUCAGAGGUCAAACCGUUGCUCAAGGUCAACGCCUAUACGUGCGAUGUAUGUGGUUCUGAGACUUUUCAAGAGGUCUCGAGCAAACAAUUUGCUCCCAUUUCUGAUUGUCAAAACGAAAAUGAGUGCAAGAAGAACGGUAUCCAUGGCUCUCUCCAUAUGCAGACAAGAGCCUGCCGGUUUAGCCCGUUCCAAGAAGUAAAGAUUCAAGAGAUGGCUGACCAAGUUCCCGUGGGGCACAUUCCUCGUUCAAUGACUGUCCAUGUUCAUGGAAAUCUCACCCGACACAUGAGUCCAGGCGAUGUUGUACAUCUUGGAGGCAUUUUUCUUCCCAUUCCUUAUACCGGUUAUCAGGCCAUACGUGCAGGACUACUCACCGACACCUAUCUCGAGUCUCACUACAUUCAUCAACUCAAAAAGCAGUAUAAUGACAUGGACAUUACCUCUGAAAUUCAGCAACAGAUCGCUCAAUUGAGAGUCGAUCCACAGUUAUAUGGAAAGCUGGCCCAAAGCAUUGCUCCAGAAAUAUAUGGCCAUGUCGACGUCAAGAAAGCGUUGUUGCUACUCCUCGUGGGUGGAGUGACGAAGACUUUGGGAGAUGGCCUGAAAAUCCGUGGGGAUCUCAACGUCUGUCUGAUGGGCGACCCUGGUGUGGCAAAGUCACAGCUGCUUAAGUAUAUCUCAAAGGUGGCACCUCGAGGCGUAUAUACAACCGGGAAAGGAUCCUCGGGCGUUGGUCUCACGGCGGCUGUAAUGCGUGAUCCCGUCACUGAUGAGAUGGUGUUAGAGGGGGGUGCUCUUGUACUCGCCGACAAUGGAAUUUGUUGCAUCGAUGAAUUUGACAAGAUGGAAGAGUCAGACAGAACGGCUAUACAUGAAGUGAUGGAGCAGCAAACGAUCUCGAUAUCUAAAGCCGGUAUCUCGACAACCCUCAAUGCACGCACAUCUAUUCUUGCGGCCGCAAAUCCAUUGUAUGGUCGCUACAAUCCCAAGCUGUCUCCGGUGGAAAAUAUCAACCUACCCGCCGCAUUGCUUUCUCGUUUUGAUCUACUCUUCUUAAUCCUAGAUAAGCCUACACGAGACGACGACGAACGGCUUGCACAACAUGUUACAUAUGUACAUAUGUACAACACUCAUCCUGAACUCGAAUACGACUUGGUCGACCCAAAUGUUGUACGCCAUUAUAUUGCAAUCGCUAGACAGUAUCGCCCAACUGUUCCACCAGAAGUCUCUAAUUACGUUGUGGAGUCCUACGUGCGCCUCCGAAAGCUGUCCAAGGACGAUGAAGAACAGAAAAAGUCUCACACGUACACCUCUGCUCGUACCCUUCUCGGGGUCUUAAGGCUCGCUCAAGCCCUAUGUCGAUUGCGCUUCUCCGAAGUUGUCGAGAGGGAAGACGUCGACGAAGCUCUACGUCUUAUGGAGGUAAGCAAGGAAAGCCUGCAAGAUGAUGAUGAGGAAGAGCGCGAUCAAGACCGUUCGAAAGUUAGCCUAAUCUACAGACUAAUCAGAGAUAUGGCCAACAACAAGCGUCCAGGGCCUAAACGGCGCAGGACAAAGCGUUUCGGCAAGGGAUCCGCUGGCGAAAAUGACAUGGAUGUUGACGAGAACGAGGAUGAUUCGGAAAGUGAUGACCUUGAUGAACUUUCCAUCGUGGAUAUUAGAGCUCGAGUACUGGCGGCGGGGUUCACCGAGGCACAACUCAUGGAGGCCAUCACACAGUAUGAGUCGGUGGAUGUAUGGACACGUGUUGCUCACAACUCCAAGCUACGCUUUAUUGAUUCUGUGUGA